UUUGGUAGAAAUAUACCAGUGCCCUAAUUUUUUUGGAGCUGAUUAUCUGGUACCUUCUGCCCCCUACCUGACUCGUGCUAUACUAGCGUUAGAAGAUGUAAUUCAUACUCCAGUUAAAUUCGUAAAUUGCCGGAACAGUGAGCUGAACGGUAUUUCUUACGCUUCGAUUAUUUACUUUGAAAUACACAUGGUAAAUGAAAAUUCACAGUUAAAAAAAAUGUGUUCCAUUACAGAAAAGGGUUCGACAACUUCAAUUGUAGUGAAGAAACCAGCUCGAAAAUUUACUGCUUUUGCUAAAAUUGCUGCCGCUGCAAAUUCAGCACGUAAACAUCGACCACUACCUGAGAGAAUUCUCUAUCCAAGAAGUACGAGGACUUUGGUGAAGACACCAGUUCUUGGAGGAACUCCAAUUAAUGAAGAGACAUGCAUGGAAUUGAGAAUGGUGGUUUUCGGAAGUAGCGCAAGUCCACCGAAAGUCGAAUGGGCCAGAACUGGAUUGACACUCCGACCUCCAAAUCAAUCUUUGAGUUUUGGAUUAAGAUCGCCGAGAAAUUCAACUCGAGGUCUUAUCACCACGGUUCAAGCAAUUAUGCUUAAACAUUUUUUAUUCAAGGCCAAUAAUCAGGACAAAAUGACAUCUGAAACUUUAUUGAAGCCGAAUUACGACCAACAAAUGGAAGUUCUAGCUUGCGCAAUAGCGGAAAUAAUUUGGCGAUGUGCUGGUGGUUUUGCAACGCAAAGUGCAAGUUCCGUGAAUUUGAAUACGGUAUCGAAUAUUAGCAUCCCCAAAGCCAUUGUCACUUUACCGCAAGAAACGCCAUAUCUUCAGCACAGCGUUCAGUAUUUUCAAGAUGGAUUAACUGAAACUUUACAUUUGUUCGAAUUCACUUCUUUGGAGGAUUUGGAAAUAUUCAUCAAACGUUAUUUAUAUCUCUUUCAAGAUGAAGGUUCACCGGGGGCGAAAUUGCUUCUUUACAGCGCAGUUCUCUCCAGAGGAUUUUCAAAAAUUCGUAGUGAUUUAGAAGACUCAAAGGGCUCUUUAUUAAGCGGAUCUCCGGAAGAAGGUCCUUUGUCCUUGGUUCUUCUUGCUCUCACCGGAAGAGCUUCCCCUCAUCUUCAUAAUGGUGUCGUUCACGUUGGUGAUGAAAACACUUACGCGGUUCCGCAAUGGGGCGUUCUGGUCAGAAGCGAGAUAGGAUUUUUAAUUCACGAGGGAGACGGACAACUUAAUAGGCAGCCAGGAUCACGAUUAAAGACACCAAGUCUACCGAUCUGGGUGACCCUUUGUCUUGGACAUCAUGGAGUUAUCUUCAACACUAAUCGUGAACUUCUCAGGAACUAUCACGCUGAACGGCGAUUCGAUGUUCAAUACUACACUUGCGGUGGGAGUCACGCCACAUUAACCAUAGACACCAAAGCGAGAGAAAACGCUUCGGGUUUGGAAGGAAGGGAAGCGAAGGAAUCCCUCGACAUGGCAGCAACACCUUUAGAAAAACUCAUUCAUUCCAAAUGGCAGGACGCGGAGGUCCAGUGGAAUGGAACUCCCAUGCUGUGAGGAAAUCUUCGCUCUAAAAACGAAUUUACGAAUUAAGUUCUACUUCGAAUUUUUCAAAAUUCAAAUUAUUAAAUUAGCACAUAUUUAAUGAAUUCUAUUAGUUCGAAUUCUAUUGAAUUGAAAAAUCAAAUCGAAUUCAAAAAGUAAUUUCUAUUUUUAGUCAAUCAAUUUGAUUCUAAAAAAAAAAAUUUCUCUUGAAAAAAAGACGAAUUAGGAAAAAGACGAUUAAAAAAAUAGUAAAGUCAAAGAAAAUUUUUCAUAAUUAUCAUAAUUUAAAUUUUAAAAGAAGUCUUGAAAAACGAUAUUAACAGAAAUUUUUUUUAUAUCCUUUUUUGUAAUUUAAAUAACAAUUUUCAAAAAAUGGGAUUUAUUGUUAAUGUUAUCGAAGGGAACUGGAUAUAAUAAUUAAUGAGACGAUAUAAUUUUUCGAUUAAGUAAUUAAUUAUUAUUGUUACGAUGAGUUCAUUGAUCUAAAAACGCCUAUCGUGCAAGUGUAAGACGUUGUUUCAUCGAUUCCAAAUCAAACAAUGCUUUACAAAGGCUUGUAAAAUUUAGUAUCACGCUAUGCAUAUCUGUUUUCAGAAAGAAUAAAAUUAUGUCAAUUUUAAUGACUUGUUUAGUUGUGCCACAUAUAUAAAAAAUAUAUAGAAAACGAAAGUAAAACACAGAGUAGAAAAAAUUGUGUAUAUUGCUAAUUAAUUUGCAUUUGCAAAGUUUCGUCGAAUUAAUAAAAGCAUAUUUUUUAGGAAAUAAA